UUCUAUAUUUUUUUGUAAUAAUUUAACGAUUUGUUUUUGCAUUCAAAUAUUACUAAAACUCAAUAAAAUGGAUAUCUGUGUUGAUCCUUUCCCGAUAGUAAAUAUUUUUAACCUUGAUUAUUUAUUUCAAAAAUGUUUAGAGUGCUUGAAAAUCGCUUACCACGAUUGUGAUAGGCUGUGCAAGUACAUCGAACAGAUAAUACAAUUAUCUACCCACUGCAGUUUAUCGCUCGACCAUUUAUUUUAUGCGAACGACAUAAUCGAGUAUUUGGCCGAAAACUUUUUGACUGAACCAAAAUAUACGCAUUGUCUCGAAGGGAUGUUGACCUUGUGCUUGAUGCCACCAACUCUAAACUUUGUGACGGAAUGUUCAAAUAACCUACCGAUAUUAAUACGGUUCUACAAUGUAGUAGCUAAAUGCAUUUGGCUGGUCCAUGCGCAUGACGAACUCAAUAUUCUUUUGUUCGGCGUAAUACAAUCGUCCAUACUUAGACGCCAAAUUGUGCCAGAAAACUCUGUCAGCUUGCAUUGCUGUCACGAAGCCGUAGGAAUGAGUGAUUUACCGAAAACAUUGAUGGAACUCAUCGAGAAUGUCACGAGUCAAACGUUUCUUGACGAUUUAUUGAAACUUUCAUAUAACAUCGCGACUCUAUCCUAUCAAUCUGCUCUACACAUGAUGCAAUCCGACGGUAUACGGAUACUGGUCGAUACGUUAAAACCGAAUUUUCUCUGGAUGCCAUUGGUGUCAUUCGAACGUUUUACUGUAUGUGAAUUCGUGAUUAUGCUGUUGAAUCAGAUGUUUUCUGCAUGGGGUUUACAGUCGAAUGCAAGUAGCACUUGUAUUCAACCGUCACGGGUUACUCGAAACACACUGGAAAUCUUGCUUUGCAAUAUAAAAAUCGAAACUGAGAGAAACGACGAGAAUAGUAUGAAAUUAAGAAAUGAUUUUUGCUACAUUCUUGGUGAGAUCGUAGAUAAUUGUUCCAUCGACAAAAAUGAAUAUUCUGACGACAUUGUUACUGAUAUAGUCAUGUUAUGUGUUUGGCCGGAAAUCAUUCACAUUUCACAUUGGUUAGAAGAUGUCGAAUUUCAUCCAGUCAAUGAAAAUUUUAUAUUCAAAUGUAUCAUGUUCGAUAUUUUAAAUAAAGUGUUUAUACAUUUAUCUUCAAAAAUCAAGUUUCAACAACUGAACACGUUUUUGAUAAAAGAAUUUAUAACGCUCUUGAAUUUCGAGUAUUCCAAAAAAAUGUAUGGUGAAUAUUUACAUACCAUUUUAAAUCGAUCUUUGUUAAAUUUACCAUGUUUAAUGUUGAACUCUGUCGAUAGCUCGAUAAAAAUUGAAUGCUGCAAUGAAUUACUGGCUUUAAUAAAGUCAUUAAAGAAUCAAAACAAUUUUUCCUGUACGAUGGUCAAUGCUAUAAUUUGCAUAGGAAUUAUUUCAAAUGACGAUUACGAUAUACUUAGGAAGUUUAAAGCUCUUAAAGCCGACUUAUUAAUCAUUUCUGUCAUAUUGAAUACGUUGGAAAUACAAAAUUUUAAUUUUCAAGAUAUUAGCCUGUACGGGUUAAAUACAUUGAACGUAUUUUUCCGAGAGAGCCAGCAAAAUCCUGAAGCUCAACCGAUGGUCUUUAAAAUGAUAUCGAGUAUGCUCAAACUGUACUUUGUUGAGGAUGCCAACAGAAACAUAAAUCAAAAUAUUUUGUUGGAUCUAUUGCAUUUUAUUAAAAAUGCUAUAAUUAGUUACGACGAUCAAGUUAAACUGUUUAUCAAAGCUAAAGGAAUAGAACAUAUAUUAAGCGCUUUAACUAUUUCCAAAUAUCCUAUACAGCUCGUGAUGCUGUCGACACUCGUGGAUUUGGUUGCAUUAAAAUCAGGCAAAUGUCAUAUUAAGAAAUGGAAAUCUAUCAAGACCGGAAAGGGUUAUUUAGAACUGUUGUGCGAGAUUUGGAGACGCGAAAUGGUCCGUUUUAACUUCAUAGAUGACGAGUUCAUAUUCCAGGAGCAGCAGGACGCAACUACGUCGACAAAACUGACCAGCGGACGCAGUCCGACAGUAGAGUCGAUGUUCAUGUGCGCUCAGCCAAAGAUUUAUUUGAUCGUGCAGCUGGUGGAGUUCGCUGAUUUGGAAAAUGCUCAAUUGAAAGAUAGGUUUCGGGACGUGCCGGACAACGACAUCGAGGAAAGCACGAUCCGGGCUUGUGGUCUGGUGUCUGAUCUCCAGGACAAGGCUACCAUGGCGCACAUUUAUCAUUAUUAUUCGCUGAAAGUCGGAGAGGUUUGGAAAGAAAACCAUAUCUUCGCGACGACCAGUGACAUUGACGGCGUAGAGUUGUCACCGGCCAUAUGGCAGUCUGCCGAUGCUAUGGCGGUCCGGCACGCGUACUUAAUUGCGUUGAUCACGAUGAUUAAAAAUCGUGUAUCUGAACUGCACGUGGGAAAGUCGGAAAUCGAACUAGAGAACAAACUGUACGAAGAAAUAAGGCAUUAUAAUAAUUUAAAAGCACACUGCACACUAUAAUGUUAGUAGAGUGACACAAAAUGCAUAAACAUAAUUUAUAAAUGUGAAGGAAAGUUUAUAGUAACCAAUUAAAGUUACGAACAAUGCUUAUUAUAACUGGUAAAUUAUAAAAAUUAAUAAUAAUGUAUAUUAUUUACAUAUAAUAAACUAUAUAUCUGAUUUAUUUUUAUAUGAAUACUGUUACGCGUAAAUUAUACACUUUAUGUUAAUCGGUAUUAUUUUAUUAAUUCAUGUUGGUAAGAACUUUCGUAUAGUACAAAAGUCGCUUAAAUAAAUAUCAAUUUGUAAAAUUAUUUAUAUUUUAUGUAAAAUAUAUAAUGCAUAGC